AUGGACCCGCCACUUACCUUAGACGAUAUUCCUGAUUUAUUUAUCGGUUCAUAUGUAAAGAAGAACAGAAAUGCCACGGAUGCAGAAGGUGAACAGAGCAAAGUCGAAGCUGAUAUUUCACCAUUUCAGCAAAAUGAAGUGGAGCUGGCUUUUAAUUUAAGUUACAUUGAUGCUGAGAAUGUCAUUGGAGACUUCAAACGUGAGCUUCAUGCUAAGCACCGAUAUUGGACAGAACAUCGAACUAAAUAUGUUCCAUACUGGACAUUGUUCCAAGCCUCAGGAUAUGGCAAAUCUCGUCUUAUCAAAGAGGUUGCCAAGGACAUUCCCACACUUUACCUUUGCUUACGUCCUGCAGCAAGUACGGGAUAUCCUCCACGGACAGAAAUCAUUGCAAACUUUUUGGAAAAAAACCUUUUCAUACAACUUCGACAGGGAGAAGAAUGGCGACUUGUUUACAUUCUUUUUCAGUUAAUGAAUUUAUUUUACACAAAGAACAAAAAUCACUCACCUGAGCAGAUGUGGGACCUACAGAUGGGGCUUUGGGGUCCUUCCUUCUGGGCUGAGGUUCUGAGGGACAUAGAGAAUUGGAAACAAGUGACUGAAAACAGCAUGUUGGGGAUUAUGUCUCAAAAUCUCCCUUGGCAGUCAUAUGGGCAAGAAGACGUUAAGAUGAUUAUAUGCAUUGAUGAGGCUUGGUCUCUUCUUCCUUCUCGGAAAGAUGCCAUUAACCCAUUCAGACUCUUUCGAAGAGCUCUGCGACAGAUCAGCAGGCAAGGUAAAUGGACAGGAUUCUUUGUGUUGUUUCUGGAUACACUUAGCAAAGUGGCAAAUUUUGCACCACCCACUGCAGCUGAUCCAUCUACCAGAAAUGACAAUGUGAAUGUGGACCAAGAAACUGGUAUGAUUCUUUUUACCCCUUUUAUCAAGCUCUCUACCAUGGAUGUAUUCCAGCAAAGUGAAAUCCCACUUGACAUUACUGACCCAGAAGAUAGAGAAAUGUUUGCACUGGCAAGAUUAGGAAGACCACUAGGCUAUAGUUACUUGGAGAGCAACAAGAAAAAUCCCAGACGCCUCAGAAACUUGAUAGAACAUUUCAAAAUUAAGCUCCUUGGGGGAGUUGAUGAUCUGACACAUGCUGAUAACACCCGUGUGAGCAUUGCUAUCAUAUUUCUGCUGGCCUGCCUGGAGAUCUCAUCACAACCAACACUGGCAUCUGAUCUUGUUGCAUCACAUGCAGCAACAUGCUAUGCAAUCUCAGAAGACAGGGAAAAUCUAUUGGUUGGUUACCCCUCAGAGCCAUUGUUAGCAGAAGCAGGAUUCUUCUUGAUUGAGGACAAGGACAACUUGGUCAAAGUUUUGAAGACUUUCAAUGAUUCAUUGAAGAAGGGUAUUGUGGAGCCUGGUCCAUGUGGGGAACUUGUAGCACGACUCAUUCUGAUUCUUGCAGUCAGAAAACUUAAGAAAAAGUGGUUUAGUUUCCCCAUCAUUCUUAGAGACUUUGUUCAGCUGUUUUACCCAGAUGAUAAACAAGCACUCAAGUACAUUCCAGAUGGCCAUGUAGCCUUUACACAUUUUGUCUCAGUUGAUUACAUACCAAGUAAAGAAGAACUCAAAGAAUAUUAUCACCGCCGCAUUGCAAUUAUCUUCAAACUCAACCAGCAGGCAGCCGAUCUGAUGAUCCCAAUAUUGCUUGCAAGUGGACAAUACUCCUUUAUUCUUAUCCAAGUAAAAAAUUACCACAGUCCCUAUACGAGGGCAGAUAAGAAGUAUCCCUCAUCAGCCAAGAUGUGCCCUGAACAAGUUUUUACAGGUGAAGAUCUUGAACAUUACAGUGGAGAGUAUUUAAGCAUUUAUUGGCAACUUGGGUACACUGGUGAGUGGUUUGUUGACCCUCCAAAUAUGCCAGAAAAAUUCAAAAAUCAAGGGCAGAAAAGACCUGUUACUCGUUCGCAUACCAAAUCUGAAGCCAGCCAGACCAAAAAACUUGACAAGAAAAUAAUAUGCAUGUCUUCAUUUGGAAUGGAUUGCUUUAAGUUUUUGGACAAUCAAGUGAUGGGAAUUCUGAAACAGAUGGUGGUCUCUUAUGUCACUCCUUUUGAUCCUGAAUGGAGAACAGCAAACCCAGAUCAUGGGGAAAUCUGGAAAGAAAGAAGUAUUAUUAGAUUCCGUCCAUAUGCUUCAAGGGGAGAAAAAAAAGGUAAACAAUAA